CGCAUUUUACCAGUCGACUGUAAAGAAGCUGAUGUGGUUCUAUUGCAAAAAAUAACAAAUAGUACAGUUGAAUACAGAUGCAUAUCUAGCGAAGACGUAGAAAUUUUCCAAUUGGGAGAUGUUAUAAAGAAUGAAAACUUGGCUGAUGUUUCUCUUUGCGGGUUGGAUCUCAACCGACAUCAGGUUUUUGCUGCUGCUUAUGGGGAGGGUGAUGAAUCCCAUCAAAUCAGGCGAUGCUCUACUAAAGAGUAUUUUACCUUAACAGGAGAGAAACAAAAAAAAAUGACUCGAGAAAAUAUGGAGGAUAUACUUCUCAACAUUCCUACAACCAAGACAGCUGUUCUUUCAAACUAUUUGCAAUACGUAACUUAUAUUUUCUUACAUCUAAACAGAAUACUAGCAUUUAACAACUUCUCAACUGCUGAAAGUCACUUUCACCUAUAUCAGGGAGUUCAAAGGGCCAGACAAGAAAUGACCAAUGUCCUCAUUAAUGGUGGAAAAAAAUACAAUAAGGCCAAAAGAAAGAACACAAAGAAGAAGAGGAAGUAGAGGAAGAAAAGAAAGAAGAGGAGAGACAAAGAAGCGAAAAAAAAAGACAAAGAAGUUCCUCAGUAGACAAAGUGAGUAUUCUAGCAUCAAAGCAGAGAGACAAACACUAUAUUUAUUAACUAUUAUUUUAGGAACACCAAGAAGCUUUGGAAG